GGGUCCCUCAGAGAGGAAAACAAACACAAAAGCAGUGUCUGUUUCCUUUCUCUGCAUCUCCUUUUUAUAUGCUUCAUUGAUUAAUAUCUUAUUUUUCUUAAUCAACGAAUCUCUCCUCUGGUUCCCAUUAUGAGCAUCGUCAUCAUCAUCUGAAAAACUUUACCCCUCCAUCCUUCUCGGGAACCAAACAGAAAGUUACAAACUUUAUCUGUUUUUAGGGUUUUUGGUUCAAUGACUUUUUAUGAGGAUGAUAGUGUGGUGCCAGAGUUAAUAAUGAGCAUGGAGGGUGAUAAAAUUGAUGAUGGAGAUAAUAGCGAAGGGGAUUAUGUGAAUUUGAGAGAUGAGAAUGGGGCUGGUGAAAGGUGUAAUCUUUGUGGUUUUUAUUGGGGGUUUGGAUGGUCUGUGUUCUGGUAUUGGGUUAAGUUGGCUUUGCUGUUUACCUUUAUUGGAUUAUUAGCUGCUGCUUGUGUCAUGUGGGUUGGCCCCUUUUUGAUGGAUAAGGAGAUUAUCCCUAUCAUGAAUUGGGAGACAAGAACAUUUAGCACUCCGGUAUUGGCAAUUCUUCUCUUUGCCUCUGUGGCAUUGUUCCCCACUCUACUUCUACCAUCAUCACCAUCUAUGUGGGUGGCUGGGAUGACAUUUGGCUAUGGGAUUGGAUUCCUAUUAAUAAUAACUGCAGCUGCUGUGGGUGUAUCACUUCCAUAUUUAAUUGGCUCUUUGUUCCUUCAUAAAAUUCAAGGGUGGUUAGAAAAAUAUCCAAAAAGAGCUGCAAUUUUGAGAGCAGCUGGUGAAGGAAACUGGUUUCAUCAGUUUCGAGCUGUGACUCUAAUCAGGAUUUCUCCAUUUCCAUAUAUUCUGUAUAAUUACUGUGCUGUUGCAACAAAUGUUAAGUAUGGUCCUUACUUAUUGGGAUCGUUGGUGGGAAUGGUGCCAGAGAUAUUUGUUUCAAUCUAUACUGGGAUCCUUAUACGGACCUUGGCAGAUGCUUCAAGUGACCGACGCACUCUCUCAGCUCCACAAAUUGUCUUCACAGUGUUUGGUUUCUGCGCCACGGUGGUUGCCACAAUUAUAAUCACAGUGUAUGCCAAAAGGCAGCUGAAGGUCAUGCAAGAUGAACCGGUACUGGAAUAGCUUCUGCAAGUCCUGAAUCAGUGAAAAGCAAUCUUCCACAUACCAUCUUUGUCAGAAAUAGCACACAAUGAUUUGAGUGUGAUGAAGUUCUAUUUUAUUUACAACUUCAUCCAUAGAACGUUUUGCUGCUCUACGGCAUUGACCACCAUACAGCAGUUACAGACAACGUGGAACAGGAUGGACAUCUAACUUCAUAGUGAGAGCCACUUCCUUGCUCUCAUUUUUCAUCCCCCAUAUUAUCUAUAGUUUUUUCUGUUUCAGUUGCUGCUUGUAUAUGAUUUAAGUUUGUGGCUUAAAAGAGGCUACAUUGGACUUGGACAAAGAAGUUGAAAGUUGUAAAUGAAAUUUGAAGUGUUCUUAA